AUGCCUUCCAACGCCCAACAGAGCAAUGCAGCGUCCAGCAUACCUACAGAUGCGAAGACAAACUUCCUGCACCAGUCCGAUGCCGAGUUCCUAGAAAAGCUUCGAUCUUUCGCCAAGUUCAAGGAACGCUCGCGCCAAACGCACCACCAAGUACACGUACCAGAACUUACCGCGCGUCUUCAACUCGAUACCCCGUUACCUACACCGAGCGAAGAUGCUUCUCCCCCCGCACUAGACGCGCCCGUACCAAACCUCUCAAACACAUGCCCCAUCAACGUCGUCUACCUCGGCAACUCCAUGCUCGAGCGCUUCAAAACCAGCGGCAUCACCACGGACAUCGGCAAGCUCGGAGACACUGGAGUCGCAUUCAACGCCGGCGUAGGCGGCGACAGCAACCAAAACGUCGCAUACCGACUCACAGAGGGUCUCUACGACAUGCUCAAGGCGGCGAAGAAAGACGUAUGCGACAUCAAACUCUGGAUCCUGGCUUCCGGGACGAACAAUCUACAGAAGAAGCGUGCGUUCCGGAAACAGGAUGUGGAGAGCUGGAGAGUGUUGGUGGAGGCUUGCCUGAGGAUUGCGCCGGGGAGUAAGGUGUUGGCGUGCGAUAUGUUGUAUAGACUGGAUAUACCUGAUGCGAUUGUGGAUCAGAAUAAUGAUCUGCUCAAGGAGGUCGCUGGAGAGAUCAACGAGGCACUUCGGGUUGAGCGGUUGGAGAAAGAGAAAGAGUCGCAGACGGUUGAAGUACAAGAUGAAGGGGAUCGCGAGGACAGAGUGAAGUGGGAUGAAACGAGGCACCUUUUCAGCGGGGACAUGUUUGACGACCAUGUGCAUCUGAAUGAGGAGGGCUAUUGGUUUUGGGAUUUGUUGUUAUGGCCGCUUGUGGCCAACGUGUUGGGCGUCCCAAUCCAGAAGAAUGAUUAG